CGUUCCCCUCAUUUUAUGCCAUCUCUCAUACGCCUCGGUCGCUUCAAGCAACACCAUGAAGCAAGAUGAUGAAUCCCAUAAAAUGAUCGCUUCGCCGCACAGGGACGAAACGCUCGGCCAUAGCGACAAAGAAAGCGAGUCGCAAUUCCCCUUGAAAGUCCGCAGAUCCUUUCGAACGCGAAUAACCGACUGGUAUUCAGGAUGGAGAUUCACGCUUGCAUUGGCGUCAUUUGCGAGCGUCAUCGUCCUGGCAUUCAAUCUCGGUUUUGUCAUCUGGGCUGCUGUGCACCGUAAGGUGGAGGGGAAUCGGGGGACUCUGCACGAGGGAAAUUGUGAGAAGGUGCAACAUAUGAGUACGGGUCUCCAUUUCGCCAUCAAUAUCCUCAGUACGAGUCUAUUGGGUGCAAGCAAUUACUGCAUGGUUCGUUGGGGUCUUAUCUCAUCUCCCUGCACGACUUGGAAAGAUAUAGACCGUGCUCACGGUAAGGGUAGAUGGGUCGACAUAGGUGUGCCCAGUAUCCGAAAUCUACGACAGGUAUCUAAAAGGCGGGCUGUUUUGUACAACUCUACCAUCUUCGCCAUUACCUCGGCCAAUUCCUACCGGGUGUUUAUUGGACCAGAGGGCUUCGACAAACUGGAUGUCCAGAAUAUCACUCUCCACGAUGGAGACCCUGCGAGUGACGUCUUACUCCGGCUACAUGCCGAAGCGCAGAAUGGGACCCUUCAGCGCCUCGAUAUAUCUCAGUGUGUGAAUGCGUAUGCGACGGACUUCCAGACUUCCUAUGGGAGUUUGAUAGUUGUGACAAAUGAUACUGAUCAAGCAGUCCAAUACCACUCAGUCCAACAUCAGGCCACUUUUAUGCCGGUGGAGAAUCUCGGAGCUAAAGCUUCUGACCCGUAUCAGUGGAUUUGUUCAUCACAACGACAGGCAAAAGAUCGUACUUGUGGCCAACUUCUUUCAGACGUAAAGGACCAAGUUUCCAAGAACAAUUGGUACGUGUAUGGCUACCAAGUCGGAUACUGUCUUGCCGAGCGCCCACCGCAACGUUGUAAGCUAGAAUACAGCCUCCCAUUAGCGAUUAUCGUGGUUGUAUUCAACUUGGUGAAGGCAAUCAUCAUUGGAUAUACAGCUGCCAAUGUGACGACGAAACCUAUCUUGACAACAGGAGAUGCAGUCGCGUCUUUCAUACAGAGACCCGACGAUUUUACACGGGGCCACUGUCUCCUCACCAGUGAAUCUGUGAAGAAGCGGACCCACCGACCAAGUUACAAGUCGUCGACCUUCAACAGCACGCCAAAGCGAUGGCACGCCGCAGUCUCAAGCAAGCGUUACCUCCUUGGACUUGUCUCAUAUACCCUCACCAUCGCCAUCGUCAUCUCCCUUUGUGUCUUCGGAGUUUCGACUAUAAGGGAUAAAUCGAGCACCUGGACGAUGGGCCUCGGCGCCGUCAACGCCCAAACCCUAAUCACCGGGACCAAUUGGGUAACAUCACUCAUAUCCAACGCCCUUAUCGCCAAUACGCCCCAACUACUCUUCUCCAUGAUCUACUUCACCUUCAACGCCAUCUUCACCGCCAUGACUCUUGCAGCGGAAUGGAGCCGAUACGCCAACCACCGCAAGGGCCUGCGUGUCUCCGGUACCCCCGAAAACGCCCAACGCAGCAGCUACUUCCUCUCCUUCCCCUACCGCUUCGCGGUCCCGGCGUUGGCCUUCUCCGCCAUUCUCCACUGGCUCAUCUCACAGAGUCUGUUCCUGGUCGGGAUCGAGUCGUACACCGAGAAAUUACAACGGGACCCCACGCGGGACGUUAUGACGUGCGGAUACUCUCCUCCGGCUAUGGCGAGUGCGAUCGUUGUGGGGACAGUGAUGAUGGCCUGGCUGGUCGGGUUCAGCUUUCGGCGGUUGGAGUCUGGGAUGCCCGUGGCGGGGAGUUGUAGCCUGGCUAUUGCGGCGGCUUGUCAUCCUACGUUGAGUCUGAAGGGGGGCGAGUAUGUGGAGGAGGAGGGGAAGUGGGGAGUGGAGCAGAUGAAGGUGCAGUGGGGAGUUACCUACGUCGAUUCGGAUGGGGAAGGACAUUGUAGUUUCUCGAGUGGGGAAGUGGGAGUACCGGAGGAUGGGAAAGUCUACCGGUGA